UUCAGUGUGGCUCUGCCUCCCUCUCUCUGCUCUCUGGGCUCUUGGCAGCUGCAGACGUGCUUUCACUCUUCCCACUUUCUCCGCCUGUCUGCCUCACGGAGCGCUGCUGCCUCUGACCCUGGAUUAAUAUCACGAUUGCCAGGUGAAACAGGAUGAAAGCCAAUUUUUGCUCUCUUUUGCACACCUGUUCCUUCUUUCUGUUUCUUCUGCGGGGAGGCAUAUGUUCAGACGCAGAGCACAAACUCUUCGAUGCAAUAUUCUUAAAUUACAACCAGUACAUACGGCCUGUGGAAAAUGUGUCCGAUCCAGUCAUUGUACAGUUUGAGGUGUCCAUGUCUCAACUGGUCAAAGUGGAUGAACUCAAUCAGAUCAUGGAGACGAAUCUGUGGCUGAGACAUAUCUGGAAUGAUUACAAACUCAGAUGGAAUCCAAAAGAUUUUGGAGGAGUCGAGUUCAUUCGAGUGCCAUCCAACAAGAUAUGGAAGCCAGACAUUGUGCUGUACAACAAUGCAGUUGGAGAUUUCCAGGUCGAUGAUAAGACAAAGGCCCUGCUUCGUUACAAUGGUGACGUUACCUGGAUCCCUCCUGCCAUAUUCAAAAGCUCCUGCAAGAUUGAUGUCACCUACUUCCCCUUCGACUACCAAAACUGCACCAUGAAGUUUGGUUCUUGGACCUAUGACAAGGCUAAGAUUGAUCUGGUGCUGAUUGGUUCAACCAUAAAUCUCAAGGACUUCUGGGAGACUGGCGAGUGGAUCAUCAUCGAUGCCCCUGGUUACAAGCAUGACAUCAAAUACAACUGCUGUGAGGAGAUCUACACAGAUAUCACCUACUCUUUGUACAUCCGCCGUCUGCCUCUUUUCUACACCAUUAACAUGAUCAUUCCAUGCCUCCUCAUCUCCUUCCUUACCGUGCUUGUCUUCUACCUGCCAUCUGAUUGCGGUGAGAAAGUCACUCUGUGUAUCUCUGUCCUGCUGUCUUUAACUGUCUUCCUCCUCGUCAUAACAGAGACCAUUCCCUCCACCUCACUAGUCAUCCCUCUGAUUGGGGAGUACCUGCUCUUCACCAUGAUCUUUGUCACUCUCUCCAUUGUCAUCACUGUUUUUGUGUUGAAUGUCCACUACCGCACACCAAAGACGCACACAAUGCCCUGCUGGGUGAGGCGUGUGUUCCUAGGGCUGUUGCCCAAGGUGAUGUUCAUGACCAGACCAGAGCGAGACCCAGAGAAGGUGACAGUGGCUGACAGUGCUCCGAUGAUGCAUUCGAGGCCCUGUGCCAUUCAUUCCUCAGGUUCUCUGCAAAAACAGCAUAAACCUCAGGCCCUUGCUUCCACUGUAGUGUCCAGCCUGACGAACCGCCAGCGACUUUUCAACAACACAGAGCUCUCCAAUCUCAAUAAUUUAAGCGGAGAGACAGCCAAAGGUGCCGGCUCUGGGUUCCUGUGCCGUGAGGGUCGUUGCAACUGCUGCUGGCACCAGAGAUCCAGCAAACUGCCUGCAGACUCUGGGGGAGGCAGUGGAGGACUGGGCAGUCUUGGGGCCUUGACUGGCGGCAGUGCUGUUGGGGCUGGAGGGGAGAGUCAGUGCUCCAGUUCUGAGUCUCUGGAUGUAGGAAUAACGUCUCUGUUGCCACUCUCCCCUGAGGUCAGGGAGGCUAUCGAGAGUGUCAAAUACAUUGCAGAGAACAUGAGACUGCAGAAUGAAGCAAAGGAGGUUCAGGAUGACUGGAAGUAUGUUGCCAUGGUUAUUGACAGGAUCUUCCUCUGGGUAUUUGUCCUUGUGUGUAUCCUGGGAACAGCUGGCCUCUUCCUGCAGCCUCUAUUACUUGGGGAGGACAUUUGAAUCAGUUUGACAAAACGUAUAUUUCAGACUGUUGAUUUGCAUAGCAUUCGUUGCAAUCUCGCCAUGACUUAGAGAGAAAAUACAGGGUGAAUCCAAACUGCCUGCUAAAUGUUGAUUCAAAGGGUUCAGUGUUUGUUUUUGUUUUUUCAGAGCCAUAUGUUUUGUUUUUGUUUGUUUGUUUGUUUGCCAGAAUUUUUAAGAACUCUCAAAUGUUGAAGACAUGGCUAAUGUGGAAUGGAAAGACAAUUGUCAUUAGUUAUUUCACCAUGUAAGAAAUAGUUUUGCAGUAUGACACCCAAAUAAUUACAACAGACAGAGUGCUGGUGCCCUAAAACAGGAUACCAGGUAAUAUAUGCAAAAUCAAAGAGCUGUCAUUGUUGUGUUUUAUGAGUAAAUAAUUGGUACAGUUACACAGUAUGAUAGUUUGAAUUCAUAAAAGUAUUCCUACUUUCAGGAGUAUGUACAUACAUUCACAUAGGCAAGUAGUUGAUCUACCAUCCAGUCCCAGAACAAGAAAAUCUUCUUCUUCUUCUUCUUUAGAAUGUUAAGUACUGCUGAGGGUCAUGGUCCGAGUAAAAACAUGUUUAAGGAACUGUCUGUCAUAGAUUUCCAUGCGUCACAACCAAAAACGGAUGUUGAUGACAAUGUUCAAAGACUGACAUCAUGUGGUAAAGCUAUGCUACUACAGAUAAUAAAAUGGCUUUCUUAUAGUUUUAAAGGGAUAUGUCAACCAUUUUGUCAUAAUCUGAGUAACACAUUCGCAGUUGUAAAAUUAUAUUUGAAAUAGUAUAUUUGAUUUUAUUUAAAUAGCUCAAAUGCUUAAAGAGAGCUGCUGUUUGAUUUUGACACCAUUACCUGCUGAGCAGUACUGAGACUUUAUCAUAUAUAUAUUGGAUUUUAAUUGUGAAGGACGUUGACUUUUUCCCAAAAGUAUAUGAUGUGCAAAGAGACUGUAAAUACCAAUUCAAGACCAGUCUUACUCAUGUAUUUGUGUAAAUACAUAUUCAAAUCGUGUGAAAAGGUGUAAGAUGGAGCUCUUACUGUAUGUCAGGUGGUGGUUUCUGUGACUGGAAACAGAGGCUCUGUGAUGUAAAUGUUAUUUCAAGGAUGCCACCAAGGCUCUAUUUAUUACUCUGUUUCAUGUCUUCUGUGCCCCCAUGGAGCUAACUCAGCUUAUUGGAUCACUAUCAAUACAGAAACCAACUGAUGAAGGACCUUAUUGGCUUCCUCUCUUUUCUUCAUCUAACCAUUCUUCUUGGCCAAAAUAAAGUUUUUCU